GCAGGAACCGAUAAACAACAAUCCCAGCGCUUCACCUCCUCCGGUAGAGUCCGGUCAGUGAGACAGCGGGGCACGGAGAAGUCACGGAGAGCCAAGCUCGCCACACACACGCAACAACCUCCCACCCCCCUUCCGCCAGUAUUCUGCCUCAUUACCUCUGCCGGUACACCGUGCCCUGCCACCACCACUCCUCUCUCCUUCUCCUUGGUGCUGGAAAAUGGCGGCCUCGGUCUGUGUCAACAUCCAGAUGCUGCUGGAGGCGGCGGAGUAUCUGGAGCGGAGGGAGAGAGAAGCCGAGCAUGGUUAUGCUUCCAUGUUGCCUUACAAUAGCAAAGAGAGGGAUAGCUUGAAGAGGAAAAGCAAAUCGAAAAAAAGCAGCAGUAGCAGAUCAACCCAUAAUGAAAUGGAGAAAAACAGGCGAGCUCAUUUACGGCUAUGUCUGGAAAAGCUAAAAGUAUUGGUACCCGUAGGACCUGAUUCCAAUAGGCAUACUACAUUAAGUCUCUUAACAAGAGCAAAGUCGCACAUAAAGAAACUUGAAGAUUGUGACAGAAAGUCACAGCACCAAUUAGAGCAGCUACAGCGGGAGCAGCGACAUCUAAAAAGGCAGCUAGAAAAAUUUGGCGUUGAGAGAAUACGAAUGGAUAGUAUAGGAUCUGCAGUAUCUUCCGAGAGAUCCGAUUCGGAUCGAGAGGAGAUUGAUGUGGAUGUAGAAAGCACAGACUAUUUAACAGCAGAGUUGGACUGGAGUAGUAGCAGCAGCAGUGCCAGUGACUUGGACGAGCGGGGAAGCAUGCAGAGCAUUUGCAGCGAUGAAGGGUAUUCAAGCUCUGGAGUUAAAAGAAUAGAACUCCAAGACAAGCCAAAACACAGUGUUACCCUAUAAACCAACCGCAACAGAGCUCCUGAGAGGCAUGUGGGCAUCCGUUUACAUUUUGAAAUCACACGCUAUCCCAUCAGCCAGUUGACCUCCAGGAGACUACAUUCCAGACCUACGUUGAAGCACUCAAAGUUUAAAAUGAUCUGUAUAGUUCAUGUAUAUGGGGAGCAACAUUUCUGCAAUGGUAAAGAUUGACUGUGAAUGCAGAGGUGCGUGUCCGUCACUCAGUUCUCUGCACGUGUUAUGUUACCUCCACCCACUAGACAGCACAGAGGUCUCGCUUUCUCCCUGUAACACCAAAAUGUUCUUGCAUCACCUGGAAGACACAUCUGGGAGCGGUAUGAAGGAUUUAUGGUUGAAAGCAUCUUGCUACACAGCAAGGCUUCAGUUUACAGCUACUAUACAAUUCAAUCAGAAGCUGCCAGGAAGCUAGAGAGGACCUUCCACCUCUGUUAAGUGACUCUGGCUCAGAACAGUAAGAUUGCUGCUAAUAUAUAAAUAUAUAUAUAUUUUGUUUUCGUAAAGUUGUGCAUCAAAUGUUGCACUGAACCCAGCACAGUCUAAAGAAAAGCAAAGCUGGACCUUUCUGGCUACUUUUUUUUUUUUUUUUUUUUCUUUUGGAGAUGUCUGAAGCCACUUUUUGUUUCUGGUCUUAUUUGCUGUUUUUCUUUGGGUCAUUGUGUUCCAUGUUUCUAGUAGUACAUAAUUAACAUUGAUUUCAUGUUAAGUCAGCAUGUACAGAAUGGCUAGCAUGUUUUUUUAGACCGGUCUUAGGAAUCCUGCGGCUCUCUCUCGCCACUUAAACAAAUGCUUUUGGGUUAGGGAGCAGUAGGUGGCUGCAGAUUGCCACAGUAUGCCUAUGUGUAUUUUUGAGAGUUGAGCCUUUCAUUGAAAGAUGGACCCCUGCUUAAGACCCCCUUUCCUCAUUGUUGAAGUCUUAAAAGGAAACCGGCCAUUGGAGGAAUAGAUUGAUUGCCAUUUCCUAGCCCUUUCUAAAAUAUGAAAUGCCUAGCUGUUAAGCUGAUCCUCAGGCUUCAGUACUUUGAGUCACAGACCCAGACCAGUAUGAAACCUGUGAAAUUGGAGCUUCAAAUCUGUAAUGUUUUUCAGGGCUAGUAAAGCCCCAUACACCCAAUCGGAAAGUCAGAUGGACUUUUUCCAUCAGAAAUUCCGACUGUGUGUAUGCCCCA